AUGGGCCGACACUCCAAAGCAACUACUGCACGUCUUGGGAACCUCAACCACCCUAGAAGGUCCUAUAAACCCACUGUAGAAGAUGUGAGCGAGUCAGAAGAUGAAGAUUACAUCCCUACCAGCAACAGGCAGCCACUCCUCGAAGAAGGCUUCUUCUUCCUGGAUGAAGACUUGGAUUCAGACUCGGACUGGGACCCAGAGGAUGAGGAGGAGGUGGAGGUUGAUGAGGAAGAACUAGAGGGGCUGAAGAAUGAGAGCGACAUUCAUCAGUUUGCAGCUGUUCUCUGUGAAGCUCAAGCUCUUGCUGUAAAGGCUGAACGUGAAGCAGCAGCUGAUAAGCCCAACCGCCCAAAGCACUACACUGGGAACUCGAAACGAAGCCAGCGGCUCCAUGCCUUCAAUUCGGAAGAAACAGUCUCCGAGGAUGAAUCUGGUUCAGACUCAGACUCAUCACCUGAAGACCCACCCACCGAAGAUGUUGAGGCAAGCAUGGGCCGGCUCUUCCCUGAAAGAGAUGAAUUGAGCAAUGAAAUGAACCCGGGGCCGUUGCAUGACACUACAGGCACCCAGAGUGACACACGAGUGAGAUCUGCAAAGGAGGAAGUCGAAGAGCUCCUGAAGCAGUUGCGGAACGGAUGUCGCCCUUUGGAUGACAGCCCUGAGACAAGGACUGAUGUCCUGUUGAAUGGAUUAUGCUACAAGGACUUUCCUAUGCUGCGUCGUGCACUCGCAAAACUCACCGUCAAGAGCAAAGACAAGAAGCUUGAUGUGUUCUUCCGAAGCUGA